AGGUGGGGUGGGGGCCCGGCAGGAUCUGACCGUGCGCGCGGUGCGGGGCGGUGCGGCCGGGCGCGGUGGGACUGCAGCCUCGGGCAGCGGGAGCCCGGGACCAGCGCUGACUCGAUCCUGGGAAGACUGGGUCUAUGUUCAUCUCAAUGUCGCAGCACCUGCUUCAAUUCUGAGCCUUUUCAAAGAGUCUCUUGUCCCUGCUAUGUGGAUAUUUGUUAGCAAUGACUGAUGUGGAAACUACAUAUGCAGAUUUUAUUGCCUCUGGAAGAACAGGUAGAAGAAAUGCAAUACAUGAUAUCCUGGUUUCCUCUGCAAGUGGCAACAGCAAUGAAUUAGCCUUGAAAUUAGCAGGUCUUGAUAUCAACAAGACCGAAGGUGAAGAUGAUGCACAGCGAAAUUCAACAGAACAAAGUGGGGAAGCCCAGGGAGAAGCAGCAAAAUCUGAAAGCUAACACUCUACUUUGACCUUCAACACCUGACAAUGUUGCAAAUCUCCAGGCCUUGCUGGAAUGAAUUUGUUUCCAUGAGUGGAGAGGGGAAAAAGAAAAUGGCUGUGCUGCAUUGCAGAAAGCUGCCCAUUAUCAUGUCAAAAAUGGGAGCCCAGGCUGUGGUUGCAGACAGACCUUUCUCUACCUCUGUCAUGAGCAAUGGUUGAAAUCAUGUGGCUUGUGUUUGGAUGUCAUUUUUGUGUGGAUCCUUUCACUUGACCAUAUGAUGAAAUGCUUGUAGAGAGUAGCACUGAUCUAGAUGGUGAUUCCUGUAGCAUUUGGCCCCUCACACUGUCAGAGGAUUUAAUUGUGUCUAUUUGCAAAGGGUUGGUUGAACCCCAGAGAUUAAAUAUCUCUGGCUGAAGUAUUCACCUAGUAAAAGAACCAUCCAGAAAGCACCGUUUUUAGCAUUUUUAGCAUUAUAUAUGUGUGUGUUACUGCUGUGUAUUUACAUACACACUGUUUUGUAUUGUACAAUAGAGCUACUCAGCACUGCCCCCUUCUUUGAUUGCUUAUCAAAAACAAAAUGAUGUACAUUAACUGUGAAUUUUUAUACCACUCAUUUUUAAAGGGCUGCCUUUGUUGUUGUUGUUUUUUUAUUUUCCAUAGUGUGGUGGCGUGCACAGAACACACUUUUUAAAAAUAUAAUCUUUACUCUUGGUAAUUGUAUGUUAAUGAACUGAUAAAAUCUACAGAUUGAUCAAAGCUUUUUGCUUUAUUAUACAGGCAUUUAAAAAUAUUCAUUCAUAUGAAUAUUACUUGGAUUCAAUCUGUUUUGUGUCUGCUCAGAGCAGAAUUCAAUCUGUCAAUUUGCUUUAUUCCUAAAAUAGGGAACCUUUCCCAGCUAACAUUUUUAUAUUAGUUAUAAAAAUUUUGAAGAAUUGGAAAAGUAGAAAAGAGGAUAAUAUUCAGAAAUAUUUGGAAGUACAUUGCUUUAUAGCAAAGAAUCAAUUUUCUCACAAUGUUGUAUACUACUAUUUAAAUCUGAAGUACAAUAUUUCUCCAUCAAGGUGGAAAGGAUGGAGAAUGUGAUUUCCUUACAAUCUUGUGGACACCAAUCACAAAAUUUAAGACCUCCUGUUAUGUUUUUCAUGUCUUUUUUUCUCAGCCCUAGCAGAUCCAAAUAUUAUAAUGCACUUUUUAAUGUUUGUAAACUUUUACUAACAAUUAGUGUGAAUUGCAUUCUGAUAUAAUAAUUAUCACCAUUAGAAGCUAGUAGAAUUUUCACUGAUACUGUUGAUGGUCUAUGCUGUAUUUUGACAUCAUAGUUCUUAAUAGAGAGUUUCUGUGAACUGUGUAAAGCCUCUGGCAGUAUUAUGAAAUCAUUCAUCAGUGGUAAUAAAUAAGGAACCAGAAUUUGCAAAUGAUUCAUGAAUUACUGGGCAAACAACAAGAAGUCUCCUUAUAAUAAAGAACCCCCUUAGCUGUCCUUGGGGUUAGGUACAGGUCCAGGCGAAAUAGGCACAAGAGCAUUUUGACAGGUAAUCUAUGUGGUUAUGCCAGGAAUUCAACCUUUUUUCUAUGUUCACAGAGAGAAUGAAAGCUAAAUCUUCUCACAUGCCCUUUUUCACUGGUUGGAUUGAGGGCCCGAGUCUCAGUCUUUCUUCAAUCAGAUGAUUACCAGAAAGCAAAUGUUAGCAAUGUGAGUCCUUCUGCAGACAAAAAGAUGACGGAUUACAAUUUAGGGUACUUUCUUCUAUGUAGUUCAGCAGGGAUCAAAAUAGACAGUUAAAUUUAAACAAAGCCACCCUCUUUUAAACUGACAAGUAUGAACAGAAGUUCUUGGGUCUAUUUUAGACAAUCUCUGGUAAUCUGUUUAAAAUACCCCGCUCAUGUACUCAGUUUUCAGUGUUGUCACUUACUAUCCUAAUAGCUUUCUUGUGAAUCUAAAACUCCUUUUCCCCCUUAAAAUUGUGGAAUUUCAAGCUGAUUUUAUGUGAUUUUUGUAAAGUUAAAACUAGUGCUGAGUAUAUGUGGACGAUUUAUUAUCCCAUGUGAUGUACUAUUACUAAUGCAUGUGAUGUCAUGCUUGAUUUUAAAUAUAUAGUGUUAAAUUGCAAAGUCA